AUGACCAUUUCCUAUAACUCUUGCAUGGCCCAGGUGUUUUUCUUCAUAUUUCUUGGUUCAACAGAAUUUUUCCUUUUGGCUGCUAUGUCCUAUGAUCGGUACGUGGCCAUCUGUAAGCCAUUGCACUACACGACAAUAAUGAACAGCAGAGUCUGCAACCAGCUUGUAAUUAGUUCUUGGCUGGCUGGAUUUCUCACUGUCUUUCCACCUGUGAUCAUGGGGCUUCAACUGGAAUUUUGUGACUCUAACAUCGUCGACCACUUCACCUGUGACACCUCUCCUAUGCUACUGAUCUCCUGCACAGACACAGCGUUCCUAGAGCUCACGGGAUUUUUCAUGGCAAUAUUAACACUCAUGGUAACCUUAACAUUAGUGAUUCUUUCCUAUGUAUUCAUCCUUAAAACGGUUCUGAGAAUCCCCUCUGCUGAGCAAAGGAAAAAGGCCUUUUCCACUUGUUCCUCACACGUGAUUGUUGUCUCCAUUUCUUACGGAAGUUUCAUUUUCACGUAUGUCAAAACUUCAGCAAAAGAAGGAAUGGCUUUGACCAAGGGGAUAGCCGUGCUCAAUACCUCUGUUGCCCAAUGCUAA